CGAGCGAGCGCCGGGGCGCAGGCUGCGCCUCUCGCUCCCCGCCUCGGGCCGCCUCAGGGGCGCCUCGGCUGUGAGGUGAGCCUGCCGAGGACAAGGUCAGGAGACCGGGCGGGCGGCGAUGCCUGAGUGCGACCGGGGGCAGCCGAGCGGAGGCGACGGCGCUUGGGAUCUGUCCCUGCUGACCGGGGAGCGGGACUGGGGCAGGCGCCGGUGAGGAGCAGCGGCGGCGGCGGCGGCGGCGGCGAGCUCUUCUCCGGCCGGAAUCCCCCCUCAGCAUCCCAGGCAGCGGCGGGGGCGCUGGGGAAGAUGGAGCCGGGGGUCCGGGCCCGCGCUGGCCCCUCGCAGCCGGCGGCCCCGGGGCUGUGGAGGGCUCGGCCGGCGGGCGGCGGGGGCGGCGGCGGCAGCGGCGGCGGGGGCGCCUCCUCCUGGCUGCUGGACGGGAACAGCUGGCUGCUCUGCUAUGGCUUCCUCUACCUGGCGCUCUACGCGCAGGUGUCCCAGUCCAAGCCGUGCGAGAGGACCGGCUCCUGCUUCUCGGGCCGCUGUGUCAACGCCACCUGCCUCUGCGACCCAGGCUGGGUGGGGGACCAGUGCCAGCACUGCCAGGGCAGGUUCAAGUUAACAGAACCUUCUGGAUAUUUAACAGAUGGCCCAAUUAACUAUAAGUAUAAAACUAAAUGUACAUGGCUAAUUGAAGGCUAUGGUUUGAUAGUCCCUGAAGUAAGGGGAAAUGAAACUGUGCCUGAAGUUGUUACAACAUCUGGCUAUGCACUGUUACAUUUUUUUAGUGAUGCUGCAUACAAUUUGACUGGUUUCAACAUUUUUUAUUCAAUCAAUUCUUGUCCUAACAAUUGCUCUGGUCAUGGGAAGUGUACAACGAGUAUCUCUGUUCCAAGUCAAGUAUAUUGUGAAUGUGAUAAAUACUGGAAGGGUGAAGCUUGUGAUAUUCCUUACUGUAAGGCCAAUUGUGGCAGUCCAGAUCACGGUUACUGUGACUUAACUGGAGAAAAAUUGUGUGUCUGCAAUGAUAGUUGGCAAGGUCCUGAUUGUUCUUUGAAUGUUCCUUCUACUGAAUCUUAUUGGAUUCUCCCAAACGUGAAACCCUUCAAUCCUUCUGUAGGUCGGGCUUCACAUAAAGCAGUUUUACAUGGGAAAUUUAUGUGGGUGAUUGGUGGAUAUACUUUUAACUACGGUUCUUUUCAAAUGGUCUUGAAUUACAAUUUAGAAAGCAGUAUAUGGAAUGUAGGAACUCUGUCAAGGGGGCCUCUCCAGAGAUAUGGACAUUCUCUUGCUUUAUAUCAGGAAAACAUCUUUAUGUAUGGAGGCAGAAUUGAAACAAAUGAUGGCAAUGUCACAGAUGAAUUAUGGGUUUUUAACAUAAAUAGUCAGUCAUGGAGUACAAAAACUCCUACUGUUCUUGGACAUGGUCAGCAGUAUGCUGUGGAGGGACAUUCAGCACAUAUUAUGGAGUUGGAUAGUAGAGAUGUUGUCAUGAUCAUAAUAUUUGGAUAUUCUGCAAUAUAUGGUUACACAAGCAGCAUACAGGAAUACCAUAUCUCAUCAAACACUUGGCUUGUUCCAGAAACUAAAGGAGCAAUUGUCCAAGGUGGAUAUGGCCACACCAGUGUGUAUGAUGAAAUAACAAAGUCUAUAUAUGUUCACGGAGGCUAUAAAGCAUUACCAGGCAAUAAAUAUGGAUUGGUGGAUGAUCUUUAUAAGUAUGAAGUUAACACUAAGACUUGGACUAUUUUGAGAGAAAGUGGGUUUGCCAGAUACCUUCAUUCAGCUGUUCUUAUCAAUGGAGCUAUGCUUAUUUUUGGAGGAAAUACCCAUAAUGACACUUCCUUGAGUAACGGUGCAAAAUGUUUUUCUGCCGAUUUCCUGGCAUAUGACAUAGCUUGUGAUGAAUGGAAAAUAUUACCGAAACCAAAUCUUCAUAGAGAUGUCAACAGAUUUGGACAUUCUGCAGUAGUCAUUAAUGGGUCCAUGUAUGUAUUUGGGGGAUUUUCUAGUGUACUCCUUAGCGAUAUCCUUGUUUACAAGCCUCCAAAUUGCAAGGCUUUCAGAGAUGAAGAACUUUGUAAAAAUGCUGGUCCAGGAAUAAAAUGUGUUUGGAAUAAAAAUCAUUGUGAAUCUUGGGAAUCUGGAAAUGCUAAUAAUAUUCUUAGAGCAAAAUGCCCUCCUAAAAUAGCUGCUUCUGAUGACAGAUGUUACAGAUAUGCAGAUUGUGCCAGCUGUACAGCCAAUACAAAUGGGUGCCAGUGGUGUGAUGACAAAAAGUGCAUUUCAACAAACAGCAACUGCAGUAUGUCUGUCAAAAACUACACCAAAUGUCAUGUGAGAAAUGAGCAGAUUUGUAACAAACUUACCAGCUGUAAAAGCUGCUCACUGAACUUAAACUGCCAAUGGGAUCAACGGCAACAGGAAUGCCAGGCUCUACCAGCUCAUCUUUGUGGAGAAGGAUGGAAUCACGUUGGGGAUGCUUGUCUUAGAAUCAAUUCCAGUAGAGAAAGCUAUGACAAUGCAAAACUUUAUUGCUAUAAUCUUAGUGGAAAUCUUGCUUCAUUAACAACUUCAAAAGAAGUAGAAUUCGUUCUGGAUGAAAUACAGAAGUAUACACAACAGAAAGUAUCACCUUGGGUAGGCUUGCGCAAGAUUAAUAUAUCCUACUGGGGAUGGGAAGACAUGUCUCCUUUUACAAACACAACACUACAGUGGCUUCCUGGUGAACCAAAUGAUUCUGGAUUCUGUGCAUAUCUUGAAAGGGCUGCAGUGGCAGGUUUAAAAGCUAAUCCUUGUACAUCUAUGGCAGAUGGACUUGUUUGUGAAAAGCCUGUCGUUAGUCCAAAUCAAAAUGCGAGACCAUGCAAGAAGCCAUGCUCUCUAAGGACAUCAUGUUCCAACUGUACAAGUAAUGGCAUGGAAUGUAUGUGGUGCAGCAGUACGAAGCGAUGUGUCGACUCUAAUGCUUAUAUAAUCUCUUUUCCAUAUGGACAGUGUCUAGAGUGGCAAACUGCCACCUGCUCUCCUCAAAAUUGUUCUGGAUUGAGAACAUGUGGGCAGUGUUUGGAACAGCCUGGAUGUGGCUGGUGCAAUGAUCCUAGUAAUACGGGAAGAGGCCACUGCAUUGAAGGAUCUUCACGAGGACCAAUGAAGUUUGUUGGGAUGCACACCAAUGAGAUGGUUCUUGACACUAAUCUUUGUCCCAAAGAAAAGAACUAUGAAUGGUCCUUUAUCCAGUGUCCAGCUUGCCAGUGUAAUGGACAUAGCACUUGCAUCAAUAACAACGUGUGUGAACAGUGUAAAAAUCUGACCACAGGAAAACAGUGUCAAGACUGCAUGCCAGGUUAUUAUGGAGACCCAACCAAUGGAGGACAGUGCACAGCUUGUACAUGCAGUGGACAUGCAAAUAUUUGUCAUCUACACACAGGAAAAUGUUUCUGUACAACUAAAGGAAUAAAAGGUGAUCAGUGCCAAUUAUGUGACUCUGAAAAUCGUUAUGUUGGUAAUCCACUUAGAGGCACAUGUUAUUAUAGCCUUUUGAUUGACUAUCAGUUUACCUUCAGCUUACUACAGGAGGAUGAUCGCCAUCAUACUGCCAUAAACUUCAUAGCAAACCCAGAGCAGUCAAACAAAAAUUUGGAUAUUUCGAUAAAUGCAUCAAACAACUUUAAUCUGAACAUCACAUGGUCAGUUGGUUCAACAGCUGGAACAAUAUCUGGGGAGGAAACUCCAAUAGUUUCCAAGGCUAAUAUAAAGGAAUACAGAGACAGUUUUUCCUAUGAGAAAUUUAACUUUAGAAGCAAUCCUAACAUCACAUUCUAUGUGUACGUCAGCAACUUUUCCUGGCCUAUUAAGAUACAGAUUGCGUUCUCACAACACAAUACAAUCAUGGAUCUGGUGCAGUUUUUUGUCACCUUCUUCAGUUGUUUUUUAUCCUUGUUACUUGUGGCUGCUGUGGUAUGGAAGAUUAAACAAACUUGUUGGGCUUCUCGACGCCGAGAGCAACUGCUUCGAGAACGACAGCAGAUGGCCAGCCGCCCCUUUGCUUCUGUUGAUGUAGCACUGGAAGUGGGCGCAGAACAAGCAGACUUCCUGCGAGGGCCAUUAGAGGGAGCGCCCAAACCCAUAGCCAUGGAACCGUGUGCUGGGAACAGAGCUGCAGUUCUAACCGUGUUCCUUUGUCUGCCACGAGGAUCGUCAGGUGCCCCUCCCCCUGGGCAGUCAGGCCUUGCAAUUGCCAGUGCUCUAGUAGACAUUUCCCAGCAGAAGCCUUCAGAGAGUAAAGACAAGACUUCGGGAGUCCGGAAUCGAAAGCAUCUCUCCACACGUCAAGGAACCUGUGUCUGAGAAAUGGAAGUCGCCCCUGUAUAUUCUGUACUGUUUUACUUCCUAAAUGGCUUCCGUUAAAGCUGUUUUAUGGCCUCAGGUUUUAUGGAGGCAGAUCUCUGUAUGACCCAAGGCCUGAAUGCAGUUCCCUCCAAGUGGGCAGUGACCCAGGUGGCCAAAGAAUGUUUGUGAGUUUUAUAAAAAUGAUAGCAUUGAUGGUCACAGGUGAUGAAGUCCGUUUUUACGGCUGUCUUAGGCUUCUCACAGUUAGCAUUAAAGUAAUCUGGAAGAAGAUGUAUACUGUUUCUUAGUGCUGAUGAAAAAUAGGUAAUUCAUAUAAAUCAAUUGUUUAUAUCCCAAGACUUUAAAGAAAGACAUUUUAUAAUGCCUGAAUGAUGAGAAUUGUACAGUUUUUGCCUCAUAAGCAAAUUUAUUUCCUGUCUAUGAACAGGAAAUGAAUAAGUUGCAAUGGCUUUAAAUGUUGUUUUAUCUCAUUAUCAAUGUGAAAGUAAGAUUUUUGACUCAAUAGUAGGACGUAGAUGUGUUUAAAUGUCUCACAUGACCAUGCUCUCUCCGAAUUCAGUCUGAGAAGGUGACCACAUCUACCCAGCAAGAACGCAGAGUGGAAGGAGUCGUCUGGUUGGAGAGCCCAUGCCACUUUCCAGGCUGUGUGUUAGAAUUCUGAGUGUAGAGGACAUUCCUGUCGGCCAUGCCAGCCACCUCACUCGUUAGCAGAGCUGAUGGAGCAUGGAAAAGCCUGUCCAGCGAUCAGUUUCCCCUCCUUCCAAAAACAGCCUCCAAUACCACAACCUGAAGAGAGCUGAAAUAGUUGUUGUACAGCUUUUGCUCCAACAGGAUAAUUUUUUAAUUGCCUACGAAUCAUUGGAUCAGACCUGAAUGAUCUCUUUGCAUGUUUGCAAGAACAUGUCGUUUCCUUUUGGCCUUCCUCUCCUAGCUGCUAGAUUUUACUUGCCUUUCCCAAAGGGAAUGAAGCGUAUUUUAGAGGUGACGCCUCCCAAGUUACAACAUGGCCCAAGUUCCUUCCUGCCAGCUCUUUCACUUAGAAUAAAAGAAGAGGAAAGUGUGGGCUGGCAAGCACCAAUAUUAUUCUUAUUUCUAAUAUGAACAUAUUGGUGCCAUGAGAGAAAGCCUACAGUUUGCAAAAUAACUUCAUUGGUGCCCACAUUCAGCAUAUUCUUCACAACUCAAAGCUCUGAAUGACGGCAGAAAAGAAAAACGAAACAGUUUUCACAUUAGGCCAUAAAAUCAUUUGAUUCCUAAGAACGUUGACAACAGUUCACUGAAACUCAGUAGCACUAACAGAUCUAGUUUGUAUUGCAUUUCCUACCUUCAGUGUGACUACAGAAUAUAUGUAAGAACAGUGACAAAGAUAUCCAAAGCUGCUGUAUAUGAUAUAGUUUUGUUCAAUAUGAAAGUCACUUAAAUAUAGUUGUUUAGAACUAUAUAUGUACCUUUCAUGUUCUUUGGAUUUCUGGAAGGUAAUUACACUUUACUGUUUACAGCUAAUGCGUAGUUACUUGCAUGCCAUGGAUGUACAGUAGCAGAACACGACCCUAUUGUGAUAUUAAAUGUUUAUUUCAUAAUGUCAUUUAUACACGGUUGGCUUAAUUUGAUGAAGAUUCAAUGUAAUAUAUAACAGGAAUGACCACACACUAUGUAGUUGCAUCUUAUAAGAUAUUUCUAGGUUGCAUCUAACCAUGUUUGUGUCAUUAUUUUAAUAAUUAAGCAUUUAUGAAUUAUAGCAUAUAUUCCUUAUGUUGGCAUGGUAAUUUUGCUAUUUUCCAUGCAUUAAAAGAAGAUGAAUUCCUAGAGUAAUUUUACUAAUUUUAUCUAUAGCCGUGAGUUCUAUUUGAAGGGUGUGGGUCAAGGGGGUACCACUUGUUUUUAUUUUCUUAUGGUAUUUUCUCACUCAAAAAAAAAAAAAAAACAAAAACAAAAAAAAAAAACAGUGACCUAAGCCUGUAAUAUCUCCUAGAAACAAUCAAGUAAUCUUUUCAGCUUAUUUUGGACCCUUUAAAUGUUAACUUUUCUCGUGGGAAAAUAAAUUGACUAAAGUA